AACCAACGAAAGGAUCCUAUCCACGGUUUACCUUGUACGGAAUUCCCUGUUGCCGACGUCGAUGGUCUUCCGACCCGUCUCUGGUUACAGGGAAGAUCCUCACCCCGCAUCGCCGAGGUCCGUGCCCCCAAGUACUACCAAAAGGAACUCGAGACG